AUGAAGCAAAGAAUCACAUCUUUGGAUCUUCAGAUCCUUACAGGUGAAUUGCGAGAAACACUCUUGAACUACAGGUUGCAAAAUAUCUACAAUGUAGCCAACUCGUCUAGACAGUACAUCUUGAAGUUUGGUUUGCCUGAUUCGAAGAGGAGUCUUGUUCUUGAUUGUGGAAAUAAGCUUCAUUUGUCCGAUUUUGAGAGACCAAUUGCUCCAGCACCAUCGAAUUUCGUCACUAAGUUGAGAAAGCAUUUGAAGAGUAGGAGGCUUUCGAACUUGAAGCAGCUCAGGAAUGACAGAGUGCUUGUCUUUGAGUUCUCUGACGGUCAAUUCUAUCUUGUGCUUGAAUUCUUCAGUGCUGGUAACAUGUUGUUGUUGGACCACGAUAUGAAGAUCUUGUCCCUUCAGAGACUCGUGACUAACACUGAAGCUGGUAACGAUAAGUACGCUGUUAAUGAAAGCUACAAUAUGUUCGACAGAAGUCUUUUUGACGACGAGCCAGCUGCAUAUGAAAAGACGACGUUUACUAGUGACAUUGUCAAGGAUUGGGCUGCUACUCACAAGGAGAAGCUCUUGAAAAACACCUCCGAGAAGAAAAAGAAGGUAUUUUCAAUUCACAAGCUCGCAUUCGUCAAUGCCAGUCACCUUUCAAGUGAUCUUAUUUUGAAGAGUCUUGCUGAGGUCGAAGUUCCUGCUACCAAGAGCUGUCUCGAUGUAGUUCAGGAUGAAGACCAAUUGGAUUUGGUGGUGAAGGCCCUCAAUCUGACUGAAGAUCGUUAUGCUGAUCUCCUUGGUAAUAUUGAAAAUGAGAAGAUUCGUGGUGUCAUUGUGGAGAAGCAGAACCAUUUGCAUGACCCAAGCAACCCCGAUUCUUUGGAAUUUGUUUUUGAGGAGUUCCAUCCAUUUUUACCCUUCAAGGCCAACGAAAGUCAGUUCAAGUUCCUGGAAGUUGAGGGAUAUAAUAAGACUCUUGACAAGUUCUUCACCACUCUUGAGUCCACGAAAUAUGCAUUGAGAAUCGAGCAGCAGAAGCAACAUGCCCAGAAGAGACUUGAUACUGCAAAGAAUGAAAGAAACAGACAGAUUGAGCUGUUACAAUUACAGUCUGAGAGCAAUGAGAAGAAGGGAAAUACUAUCAUCUAUCACGCCGACUUGGUAGAAGAAUGCAAGCUGUCAAUCCAGGACUUGCUUAACAAGCAGACAGAUUGGGAGAUUAUUGAGAAACUCACCAAGAUGGAGCAAUCAAGAGGAAACAAGGCUGCUAAUACGAUCAAGCUUCCUCUCAAUCUCAAGGACGGUAAGAUUAAGUUGGCGUUGCCUGAUCCUGACAAUAUUCCUGAGAAUGAGUCAGAAGAUAAUGAGACCUCGGACUCCGAUUCUGAUGAAAGUUCAGAAAGUGAAGCUGACUCGAGCGAUCUGGAUUCUGAUUCUGAGUCCGAAUCCGACUCCGAAUCCGAUUCAGACUCCGACUCUGAAUUUGAGGAGUCACAACCCUCGAGGAAGAAGAAAGUGCCAAAGGCAAAGACCAAGCCAACAAUUCCCACGAUCAAUGUUGACAUUGAUCUCAGUUUGUCAGCUUUCGCCAAUGCCCGUAUCUAUUUCGACUCCAAGAAGACGGCCGACUCGAAGCAAACGAAGGUCGAACAAAACACCCAGAUUGCAUUGAAGAAUGCAGAGAAGAAGAUCCAAAAGGAUUUGGCCAAGAAUCUCAAGAAAGAGACCGAUGAACUCAAAGCCAUUCGCCCAAAGUUCUGGUUCGAAAAGUUCUUUUGGUUUGUCACCAGUGAUGGUUACUUGUGUUUGGCUGGCAGAGACGAUUUGCAGACCGAUAUGAUCUACUAUAGACAUUUUAGCGACAACGACAUAUAUGUGUCCUCUGAUGUCGAAGGGUCCCUCAAGGUCUUCAUCAAGAACCCUUACAAGGGCAAACCGAUCUCGCCAUCUGCAUUAUUCCAAGCCGGUAUCUUUGCAUUGUCCACUUCUGCUGCUUGGAAUGGUAAAUCCAGCUCAUCGGCUUGGUGGGUUCCAGGAGAGGGGAUUUCUAAGAAAGAUGUUGAUGGUACAUUGCUCGGCCCCGGUCGCCUAAACAUAAAGGCCAAGAAAGACUACAUGCCACCAGCCCAAUUGGUUAUGGGUUUCGGUCUUUAUUGGCUUGUUGAUGAAGAGACCAGUAAAAGGUACACCACUGCCAGAGUACUGAAGCAAGAAGAGCAUGGCUUGCAGGCUGAAGUCAGCAACAAAAAGAAGGAUCUCGAAAACUUGAAUCUUGAUGCAAUUUUCGCCGAGAAGGAGAAAGAGGCUAAAACUGUUGAGGAGCCACAGGAAGAAGAGAAUACUGAGGGCAGAGGUUCUCCCUCUCCAAGCGAACAGUCUGUCACUCAAUCUAGUGUUGAUGACAACGACGUGGAAUCUACUAGAAUCAAUCUUCAAAAAGCGAAUGUGCGUGGUAAGAAGGGAAAGAUGAAGAAGAUUUCUGCGAAGUAUGCGGAUCAAGACGAAGAGGAGAAGUUAAUGAGAAUGGAAGCACUUGGAACACUCAAACAGAUUCAACAACGGGAGAAGCAGCAAGAAGAGGAAGCCAAACGCAGAGAGGAAAAUGAGAAGAACAAAUAUGCUGAUAAGAGUGCUGAGCGCUCCAGGGCCAAAGAAGCCAGACAGCUUAAGAAGUACCUCUCGGACGACGAAGAGGGUGUCGAUGGAAACUACCUCGAGCAGCUUGACUCUAUAUUGCCUAGACCAGCCAAGAGUGAUGAGAUUGGAGCAUAUGUGCCUGUGUUUGCACCAUGGUCUGCUCUUGCGAAGUUCAAGUAUAAGGUUAAGAUCCAACCUGGCUUUGGUAAGAAGGGUAAGUCUGUAACAGAUGCCAUUCUGUAUUUUUCAAGCAGGAAGGUGGACUCUACAAAAGAAGACCCUGAGGUUGAUUGGCCCGUGGAGCAUGAGUUGAUCAGAGGCGCCAAGGCUAAUGACAUUCUGGGUGUGUUCACUGUUGGAAAGGUGAAACUCAUGUUGCCUGGUAGCUCCGGUAAUGAGAAGGGUGGAAAAGGAGGCAAGGGCAGCGGCAAAGGUGCAUCGAAGAAAGGAGGAAAAAAGAAAUAG